AUGACAAGAUUUCCGUUAGGAAUAUGUCUAAUGUUUAUGAUAGUAACAAGUAGCAUAUAUGAAGCGCAAGGACAUUUCUUACUAGACCAUUACUUGAAGAAGAUUCCUAAAAUGUCCAACGAGUUCGAACCUUUCGCUUUCAAGGGUAUACUUAGUUAUGUAGACAACCUUGAAGGUUUAUGUCCCAUGAAAGGGGAGUACAAGGAGUUCUUCACUAAGCUGAAGGCUUAUAUGGCCUUCAUAAACACAGCGUCAGGGUCGUCUUCGGAGUUCCAUUCUCAAUUGAAAACACAAUCUGAGGAGCUCUUCAAGUCUAUCUCUAAAAUGGGUGGCAACGCAGGAUCAUCGGCUCAUACAAGCAAAUUGAUUGAAAGUUUGAUGUCAAUGGGAAAAACUUUGGCUGAGUACAAGAGGAGCGGUUCAACAACACUGACAAGUGAACAAAGGACAGAGCUGGUCACAUCUAUGUCGAAAUGGGCACAAGUGAUCGGUCAGUUUGUGAAAAAUGUAAGUGAGAAGAGUGGUAACACUAAUAUUGAUCUCUCAUCCCUUGGCUUUGGAAGCGGAAACCUUGGACUUGGAAGCUCGGACAGCGCUACUUCCUCCAUGGGAACUGAAAACUCGAAAAGUACCGAAAACGGCUCUUCAUCUAUGGAAACUGGAAGCACUGGUGGCAGUGGAAGUUCAGGCUCCGACACUGGUUCUCCUUCAGCUGAAACUGGUAGUCCUGCCUCUGGUGGUGAUAGUGAAACUCCAAACGCUGAAAGUGGUUCUCCCUCUAGUGAAACUCCUACUGAUGGUGGAAGCGGUAGCCCAAGUGAGAGCUCAUCAGAAGCAGGCUCCACGGGUGCUGAAAGCUCAACUGACGCUGGAAGUACAGCUGGUGCUGGUAGUGGAACGGGUGAUAGUGAAACUCCUGGUGCUGCUGGCCCAAGUGGGAGCCCAACUGAUAGCUCAGCUGAAUCAGGAGAAAGUUCCAAAGAGGCUGGUGGUGCAAGCUCAGCUGAAUCAGGAGAGAGUUCCAAGGAGGCUAGUGGUGCAAGCUCAGCUGAAUCAGAAGAAAGUUCCAAAGCGGCUAGUGGUGCAAGCUCAGCUGAAUCAGAAGAAAGUUCCAAAGCGGCUAGUGGUGCAAGCUCAGCUGAAUCAGGAGAAAGUUCCAAGGAGGCUAGUGGUGCAAGCUCAGCUGAAUCAGGAGAAAGUUCCAAGGAGGCUAGUGGUGCAAGCUCAGCUGAAUCAGGAGAAAGUUCCAAGGAGGCUAGUGGUGCAAGCUCAGCUGAAUCAGGAGAAAGUUCCAAGGAGGCUAGUGGUGCAAGCUCUAAUGAAGCACAAAGUGAAACUAAUGCCGAAAGUAAAAGCGGUGGUGCUGCCGGUGGCCCGAGUGGAAGUCCAACCGAUAGCUCAGGAGGUUCAGGCUCAGAAGAAAGUUCCACGGAGAGUGAAACUGCUGGUAGUGAAACCUCUAGCGCUGGUGGUAAAACCUCUGGUGAUGCUGGUGCUGGUGGUCCUAGUGGUGAAACCCCUGGUGCGGAUGGUCCUAGUGCUGGUAGUGAAACCUCUAGCGCUGUUGGCACUGGUGGUGAAACCUCAGGAGAUGCUGGUGCUGAAACCUCAGGCAAUGCUGGUGCUGGUGGUCCAAGCGGAAGCACUUCAGGCAGUGCGAGUGAAAGUUCAACUCAAACCGCUGCCGAAGGAGAAAGUUCAAUGAAAAGUGGAGGUUCCUAUUCGGAUACUACUGGUGGGAGCGGCAUGGAAGCUCCCGCCAGUAGCCCCUCAGGUUCAGCUUCGAGUGGUAGUGAGACCUCCUCCCUCAGUGGAAGCUCAAGCUCAUCUUACCAAGCUGGAGGAUCACCAGCCGGUGGCCCCAGUGGAAGUACAACUGAUGGCUCCGCAACAGCAGGAGAGAGUUCGAUGACUGAAAGCGCCACAACGAAAGGAAGUUCGGAAAAUGGAGUUGUGGGUUCAACCGAAAGUGGUAGCGGAACCUCUGAGAAUAAAUCUUUCGAAGGAAAAAAGGGCACAUCUAGCUUUCAAGGUACUUCUAGCUACCAAAAGUCACACUCACAUUCCUCAGGCCAGAGUAGCUUCAAGCAUUCAUCAGAGGAGAAAAGCACCGGCUCAUCUUAA